CGCCAUCUAAACUGUUUCUCCUUGUCCCUUUUUGAGGCAGGUGGAUGCAAAGAACUGAAAAUUGUUAGCUAGCACAUACAACAAUGGCAUCUUAAAUUUCCCCCACCACAAGUGUAGGUUACGUCUGUUGUUAUAGUAUAUAAAUAAUCCUUAGUAUUUAAAAACAAAAAGAGAAAUGACGACCACUACGACAUAUCAAGGGAUGGAGCCCGGCGCUAAAAGCAGUUCCAGGGUUCUGCGCCCGCCCGGUGGGGGCUCCAACAUUUCAUUCGGCGCAGAUGAAGAGAAGCCCCCCGUCCGGAAAAACAAGAUGGCAUCCAGUGUUUUUGCUGAGCCAGAAGACCCUUAUGCCAAUCGAAGGAACAACCCACCAGGAGGGAAGCCCACAGGCGUGCUAUGCGGUGAACCAUCAGCUCCCCUGAGAAGAGGUGGCAACCAUGGCAUCAAUCAUACUGGAGAGGCUUUUGGCAAUGAUGAAGAUAACGCUGCUCGUGAUGCUGAUCUGUGUUCAGAAAGCAGGAGUGCUGACAGAGACGCUGGACCAGAGCAGCUGGAGGAGCCUCCAUCAACUGAAGAACCGGCUGCAGGUGCAGCAUCCGGCCGCAGAAAUCCCCCCGGAGGCAAGUCGAGCCUCAUCCUGGGCUGAAACUCCCCCAAACUCCCUUCCCUUAACCCCUCCCAUCUCUGAAAUUUUCUUUUUUUUCCCCAAACAAGCAUUCCUCUCUGUCUUACCGCAGUAACCCUCUGAUGUCUGGCAGAAACCAGUUUCCUCCAUAACCCCAAGUGCAUUGUUUUGAUACCUCUCUUUUGGAAACCGUUUUGUACUGUUUUUAAUUCUUUUAUUUGACCAAAGCACUUUAUGUAUUCCUAAUAAAAUGGUUCAAAGUUUGCCUUUUCUCCUGACGUAAAGCCCAGGCCUCGCCAAACUCAGAAGCAGAUGAGAAGCAGGGCUGUUUGAAAAUGGAUUGAAGUUUGAGCGGUUCUCUGCUUUGAUUCUGUUGGAGAACUGCAGCUAAUGUACCCCGUUUGAAAACACAAAGGCUAGCUUCAUUUUUGCCCCUAAAAACUUAUCUUAAACCUUAAAACUCUGAUUAUUUCUCCUAAAUCUAUCGUUUUAGUUUAGCUAAGCAGUUCAGAUGAACUCGCUCAUGGUAGAAUUUUCAAAAGCUUGGGUCGUAGAGGACUUUUCUGUUCUGCUUUUUAACCCAAACAUGUUCUGAUCAGGCUGACUCAAAAGCAGGCGGGGAUUUGCUUCACGCAUGUUCUGCGUCGUACACGCUCCGCACACGCGUUUGGUGGCAGCCCGACUGUAAACCUGCCAGGAAGGUUGGAAAGGCUCGGAUUUCUGUAACAGAUUUUCAGAAAAGCCCCCGAAGAGUUCAAACAAGCAAAAGUUCAAGGGUUUUCUCUGAGCAAGUUUUUGUUUCUUUUUGUCUUGACAUCGCAUGCAUGUCUGCUCGGUAUGAAUGUGCAAAAAAAACUAAAGAAAAAAACCAAAUCGGAACUGUGACUUUGCUUUCUUUUGUGGAAUAGUUGUACUGUUGCAUGAAGCAGAAACCUUUUUUUUCUGAUUCUGUAUACUUAAUCUGAAUGAAGGCUCCAUUUGUUUCCUUAAAUCGUCUCAGAAAGACGUGAACAGUGUUCAGAGCAGUACUGCAAGUGGACGGUUGAGUGUUGGAGGUUUCGGUCACAAAUUUGACAUUGUAGUGCCAUCGCCAUCGUUUUUCAAUGGCUCCUGUGUUUUCUAGGUAGAGUUCUCUAAAGCACACCUGCUCGGAAAAAGACGAGGAACAUUUCAGCGGAAUGUUGUUGGUCCCUUGUGUUUCUGGUAAACUCUUAUUGGAUUUAACAAGUGACCUUAAUGGCAGCCCAGCCCACUUUCCUCUUGUCCCCAAUCACAUUUGAUAAACCUGUAUCGGAAAAUCUCAAAAACAUCUUUUUUUGUAAUUUCUUUUUUUAUAUGUGUGUGACUCUUUAAACCAAAACUCUUGCCUCUGCCUCUGUACUGUUAACUCCUACUUCAUACAGAAGACGUCACUACAAGAUAAUCCAGAAAAGAUUUCAGGUGCAUCAUGUUUUUUCCUGUGGUGUUUUAUCACAUUUUUUUUUUUUUUUUUUUUUUUUUUUGCUUAUUCGUGUGAGAUGUGUCUAUCUGCCUCUUAUUACAAGUCCUGUUGCUGGAUGUACGUCACACACAAACAAACAAACAAAAAAAAACAUCUUAAAUGAAAAGAUGGCACAAUUGUGGAAAUAAAAUCUGUUUUCAUCAAGA